AUGAAUUUCUGGGAGCAGAUGCUUCUAGUGUUUGGCCUCCUCUACGGCGUACUGUCCAAUGUCACUGUCGCCCACGACAUCUGUGACAUUCUGUUCCGCGGUGUCUUACACAUCAAUUUCUUCGAGCUGCAGCUGCACAAGCAUCCCUCCGAAGAUAGUAUCGCCGAGCUGCGAAUGGCUCUACUUUGCGCUGCAUUCACCUUCAUCUACUUUCUCUUCCUUGCUCCUCGCCACCCCGGCAUGAACCGUCGAUUCGAUCUCACGUUUGGCACCUCUAUCGUCCUCAAGGCAAUACACUCGCUGGAAUCGAAGAUGAUCUAUUGCUUCAAUAAGAUAGACAUAGGUCUAAAGUCGCUCGAGAGCAACGUCACCAAAGAGAAGAAAUUCAGUAAACGCCUCUCGAAGAAAGCAGAUCUUUCGGACGCCAGGAAGCUAGCCUCCAAUGUGCCGCGAAAGCAUCUCCAUGUCAUCACCCGGAACUCGUUUAGUCGACGCCUACGCAAGGUCGAGAACCGCCUGGAUCAAGAACAACUAGAACAGGUCCAGCUCGCGUUCAAGAACAACAAGCUCACGCCAUCGGUUACUGCACUGGAUAACGUGAUCACAUCUCUCUUCACUGACCUCGCCGCACCCUCCACGCACAUCACACAUCACGCCAACAACAUCGACAAGCUGAAACAUGUUCAUUCUUCUGUUAGACGAGCCAGUAAAAAGAAAGACACCCGGAUCGGUGCACUUGAGGACGAGAACAACGACAUGUUUGAAGAGCUUCGCCACAAGGAUGCGGAGCUCGACACGGCUUUAACCAACGCAGCUGACUUGACCGAUGACUGUCAACGAUCGAAGGUGCGACUGCAGAAGGUGACCGCCAACAAGUUGAAAAUCGAGGAGUCACUACGCCGAUGUAAGAUUGAGCUGCGACGGGCUGAUAUCAACCACGCCAACAGUUCCGGAAGAGUGGCGAGACUCGAGGACCAGAUCCAGCUUAUGCGUCAGUCCACACAAGAGGCGAACGAGCGAGCCGACGCUGUCGAGGAAGAGCUUCAGGAUGUCAAAGGUCAGAUGAGUGAUCUGGAACGCGAGUGUGCAGACCUUGAGACUGCGCGCCAUCAACUUCAGACGAAGCUGAAUACAGCCAAAGAGCAGUUGAACGGUGAAGAUGGUCUCGAGAAGAAGACUCACGAUCUGGAUGCUGCCCACGAGCUCGUUCGCCAGCUCAAAGAUGACAUCUCGGCUCUCAAAGAGCAACACGCAGAUGUCGUCUCCAACAGGGAGAAGGACCUGAGAGAACUCAAACAGCUAAACAGGGACGCUAUUUCUCGUAAGAGCAAGGAGAUGCAGGAGCAUCGCAGGAAGUAUCAAGUCGCUCUCUCAACCAAAGAGAAGAAGGAUGAAGGCUUGCGCAACGAUCUCGCUGCUACAAUCAACGCCAAAGAUGCGGAGCUCGAAAGAUUACGCGCCGAACAUGUUGUCGCCAUCACCGCUAAAGACGGGCAGCUCGAAGCCAAACACCAGUCUGAAGCUGCGAUCAUCACUCGCCAUGGAAUCGAAACGCAAAAGCUUCGUGAAGAGGUCGAUUCGGUUCAGCUGCAAAAGGACGAAAAAGUCAAAGAGCUCGACGCUUUGGUAUCUAGCCAUGAUGACGCAAUGCGGAAGCUUCGUGAAGAGCUCAUUUUGGUCACUCAGCAAAAGGAGGACGAAGCCAAUAAGCUAAAAGACUUAAGCAUCGAGCACACGGCCGCCAUGGCCCUCAAAGACCAAGAGCUCGACACCAUUGCGUCUCGCCAUGAAACCCAAAUGCAGGAGCUGCGCAGAGAGCUCGAUCUGGCUAGGGAGCAAAAGGCCGAUGAAUCUAAGAAGCUGCAACACUCACGCGCCGAGCAUGCUACCGCGAUCAAUCUCAAGGAGGCAGAGCUGCAGGAAGCACACUACGAACUCGCCAUCGCCAUCUCUGGCAAGGAAUCAGAGAUCGGCACACUUCACACAAAACACGCCGCUGCCAUCUCUGGCAAGGAAUCAGAGAUUGGCUCACUCCACACCGAGCACGCCGCUGCCAUCUCUCGCAAGGACGCAGAGCUGAAGCAAGCACGCGACGACCACGCCAUCGCCAUCUCUGGCAAGGAAUCAGAGAUUGGCUCACUCCACACCCAACACACCGCUGUCAUAGCCCGCAAAGAUGAGGAGCUUGAAGCACUGCGUAAAGACCUCGACAUGGCCAAGCUCAACAAGCAACCAUCCUCAACCGAUGGUCUGAAAGUCCUUGUCGAUUCACAGCAAGAGACAAUCCUUUCCAUGACAAAUGAGUGGAAUGCAGUCUACGGCAUCAUCGAAAACGUCAACAUGUGCCUGCCAUCCGUCCUGAAGAGGUUGGGCAAGCCUUUGAACGAUCGCCUUCCAGAGAUAAGGGCCAGAAUGCGACGCGACUCUGAAUUCAGGCCUGCGGAGCACCUGGGUGACCUUGAGACUGCGAUGAAGAUACGUCGUGGACGGUAUGAGCUGGAAGGAACGUUCGAUCACCAGUGGGAGUUCUUGAAGAAGUUUGUUCCUGCACUUGUGGAGGCUCAUCCCGACGUCAAAGAGCUGGCUAAGGCCAUUGAUGACACUUUUGACCGGCUUGAAGAGCAGGUGGUCCAACCCACCAAGGCGCCUACAAUCGCGCCCGCCCCAGCGAAGGCGACCCCAGAGAAGCCCCCGAAAGAUACAUGUGCCUGCAAGUAUCGUUUCUUGGUGACGGAUAGCCAGGAUGCCUGCCGCGACCAUCUCGACGGGUGCGAUGACUUCGCGAAAUGGACCCCCGAGAAGAAGAAAAGUCUUCUGGGUAAGCUCGGUUUGACUGGCUACCAGCAGCCGAAGCAGACAAAGCCGAAGGCAGAGUCGAUUACGUGCUGGCACUGCGAGCGUGAAUUCGACAAAGCACACGGGCAAUGGUUUCACGGCUCUCAUCUCAAGGUCUGCAAAAGGGGCGCUCCCAGCAUGCACGAUGUUCCCGGCUCGAGCACACCGGGACCGAAGACUCCCGUCACCACACCUUCCAGACGCGCCCCCGUGAUCGAGCACGGCUGGCAGAAUGCCGGGUCAGCGAAGAAGGACGAGACGUCAGUCUUCGUUUCUAGUGGCAUGGGAUACAGUCCUUGGCCCGUGGAAGGGAGCAAGGACAUUGAGUGGAAAGAAAGAGAUGGAGACUAUACCAAUCAGUGCGACACCACUAAACUGGGUGUCGUCAUUGAUGGCGAGGUAUAG